ACAUUUACAUCGUCACAUGGACACAGACACAGGCAUGCACCAAAACCAACACAACAACCAACAGUUCAAAACACUGCACCACAACCAACAGUUCAAAACACUGCACCACAACCAACAGUUCAAAACACUGCACCACAACCAACAGUUCAAAACACUGCACCACAACCAACAGUUCAAAACCCUGCACAACAACAACCACAAACAGAGCAAGGACAUAAAAGAAGUAGAGAACAAGGAAACCAAGAAUUCUUA